AUGGUAAAUAACAAGGAGAAUUCAAAUCCUAACACCACACAAUCCCAAAAUAGCUCAAAUGUUAGAGUUCAAUGGCCAUCAAGAGUAACGGCUAUCUUUUGUGAAGCUUGUGUGGAUGAGGUAUUUAAGUGUAAUCGACCUAAUACCCACUUUAGUAAAAAGGGUUGGGCAAAUAUUAUAACAACUUUUGAAAAGAAAAUUGGAAAGGAAUAUCCCAGGGCAAAGUAUAAGCAUAAAUGGGAUAGUUUGAAGAAAGAUUGGAUACUUUGGAAUAAGUUGAAGGGAGGUGAAACUGGAUUGGGUUGGGAUGCAGCCAAAGGAACAAUAGCUGCAACUAAAGAGUGGUGGGAGAGGAAACUAAUGGAGGUUCCUGAAGCUGCAAAAUUUCGAGAGAAAGGUUUGAAGAAUGUUGACUUAUUAGACAUUAUGUUUAAGGACAUUGCAGCUACAGGAGAUUUAGCAUGGGCCCCCACUUCAGAUGUGUUACCCGAUGAUCUUGAGACACCUAAGGAGGGGUUAGGUGAUACUUUUGUUGACUCAUCUUCUCCAAAUGAUGAUGAUGACGUUUAUGAAGAUGAGACUCCUAACCUCACACAACCACCUUACCCAACACAAAACAAAGGAAAGAAGCGAGUUUUACCAUCAUCCACACAAAGCAAAGGGAAGAAAGGAGGAACGACAUUACAGCUGGCACAACAACUUAGUCGUAUUUGUGAUGUUGUGGAGUUAAGGAACUCAUCUUUUUCAGUGGAGCCAAGUAGUACUAUUCGUAAUGUCAUGGAACGCAUGUGCACCUUAGAUGGCAUUGAGAAGGGUUCCGAACUCUACCUCAUGGCAACACGUGAUAUUCCUAUGAAUUACAAUGAUCAUAUUGAUAAUAGUGAUGAAGAUCAUUCUUAUGAUGUGGAAAACGAGGAAUAUGAUGAUGAGGAAUUAUAUGAUCUUGUUGCUGCUGGAUGUCAUGUUGCAGUGACAUAUUAUAUGAAAUAUAUUGAUAAACAACCCUGUAAAGAUUCUAAACAAACUGGCUAUAUGUGGUUGAUGGAUUGUUUGGCAGGAUGGUUCAAGAAAGAUUCUAACAUUCUGGACUGCGUUGGUGCCAUUGACGGUACACAUAUCCAAGUUGUUGUUGGAGAUGACAAGAAAGCUCCAUAUUAUAAUAGAAAGCGUGUGACAUCUUUUAAUGUGAUGGCAGCAUGCGAUUUUGAUUUACUUUUCACAUUUGUUAUGACUGGAUGGGAGGGUGCAGCACAUGAUACACAUAUUUCCUUAGAUGCUAUCCGUCGACAAUCUGUCAACUUUUCAAAACCACCACCAGGAAAAUAUUAUUUAGUUGAUGCUGGAUACCCUUUAAAGAAAGGAUAUUUGCCACCUUAUAAGGGACAGAGGUAUCAUCUUUCAGAUUUUCGACGAGCUGGUCGAGGGAAUCACACAGAAGAGAGGUUUAAUUAUGUUCACUCAUCACUUAGAAGUGCAAUUGAGCGAACUUUUGGAGUUUGGAAGAAUAAAUGGAAAAUUUUGAAGCAAAUGCCACCUUAUGACAUUAAGCACCAAAGAAACAUUAUAGUUGCUACUUGUGUUUUGCAUAAUUUUAUUAGAAAACAUGAUAGGGAAGAUGAGGGAUUCAAUUGGGAUGAACAUGACUUGGACAGACCAAAAAGCAAUAGUAGUGGAGAAGGUAGUAGUAGACAGGCAAACGUUAAAAAUAUACAAGAUGAGGAGAUGAAAUUUGUUCGUGACAAAAUAGCUCGAUCCAUUUGUGGGUUGUAA